AUGCCAAGUGAUCCAGAUAAUCCUUUAUCUGAAAUGUAUAUGGACAUAAUUAUUCAAUCUGUUUUUUCUAAAAAAGAACGUACACAUAUUAAUGCUGUUUGGACACAAUCAGUCCUCAAAGUAAUCUUUGAUGAAAAAUAUAUAUUAACUAAAAUUAAUGCAGAAGUUGUAGAUUCUUGGAUUGAAGCAUUAACAGAUACCAAACAACAAGUAAUUAUGCAACUUCGUGAAGGAGAAAUUGAUGAUGAUAAGUUUAGGAUUAAUUAUGACAAUACGAUUGAUGAUGAUACUGUUAAUCAAUACCUAACGUUUUUCAACACAUUAAACACCUCCUCAAAACUUCCUGAUGUUAACGGUAUAUCUAAUAAUGUUUUUAUCCCUAUUUUUAUCCUUAUAAGCAGUGUUAUACAGCGAACACGUCCGCCUUAUUUUGAAUGGACAUGGACAUGUCCCAGACAUAUCUCAGAUUUAUGUCCGCAUUUAUGUCCCAUGAUA